CCAAAUGGCGGCCCCGGCGGCGCGGGGGGAGGCGCGGCGGGCGAGCGGCUGCCCCGCCGAGACGGCCCGGCGCGGCGGAUGGUGAUAUGAUAUGUGUAGCCAAGAUCAUCUCUACCUAGGUGACAUUUCUCCCCUGAGGAGCAAUCCCCUUUUGCUGGACAUGCUUAGAGAAACACGUAGCCAUGGACCUGAAGGAGAAGAGUCAGGAUGAAAUGACCUCAAGUCUGGGCCUUACCACAAAGAAAGCCCUCACGAUCCUGAGAGACCAGUUGUCAGCAUUGCUGGAGGGGCAUCAGAAGGAACGGAAAAAAGUGACUUCCUGGAAGGAGGUGUGGAGGAGCAGUUUUCUGUACCAUGGUAACCGUUGCUCCUGUUUCCACUGGCCUGGUGCAUCUCUGAUGCUGCUGGCAGUGCUGUUGCUGCUGUGCUGCUAUGGAAGCCAGCCACAGGGGAGCCAAGGUGCUGAGAUAGUUAAUGCACUGGCACUCUUCCUCCUUCUCGUCUUGGAUCUCUUCAUGAUUGGGCGUCAAGAGAGGCUGAAGUGCAGAGAGGUGGAGAGGAGACUUCAGACAAUCAUUGAUAAGAUAAAUGAUACACUUGGAAAAGAGGUGAAAUGGCCAGACUCCGUGUACCCUGACCUUCACAUGCCCUAUGCUCCGUCUUGGUCCCUUCAUUGGGCCUACAGGGAUGGUCAUCUUGUCAAUCUGCCUGUGAGCCUAUUAGUAGAAGGAGAUGUCAUUGCUUUAAGGCCAGGACAGGAGUCAUUUGCUUCUCUGAGAGGGAUUAAGGAUGACGAGCACAUUGUUCUGGAGCCAGGAGAUCUUUUUCCACCUUUCUCACCUCCACCUUCCCCAAGAGGAGAAGUAAAGAAGGGACCUCAGAAUCCUCAGCUGUAUCGUCUCUUCCGUGUCUUGAAGACCCCAAUAAUUGAUAAUGUCAGGUGGUGUCUGGAAAUGGCUUUGUCACGUCCUGUGACAGCCUUGGAUAAUGAGAGAUUCACUGUCCAGUCAGUAAUGUUGAAGUAUGCUGUCCCCAUUGUACUGGCUGGCUUCCUGAUCACCAAUGCUGUGCGUUUCAUUUUCCAAGCUCCUGGAAUUGCUUCUUGGCAGUACACUCUUCUUCAGUUACAGGUGAAUGGUGUCCUGCCCAUCCUUCCGUUGCUCUUUCCUGUCCUGUGGAUUCUUGCUACAGCUUUUGGAGAAGCCAGAGUCUUGGCCCAGAUGAGCAAGGCCUCAUCCACCUCACUGCUUGCUAAGUUUUCAGAGGACACUCUCAGCAGCUACACAGAGAUGGUAUCUUCUCAGGAAAUGAUACGCUGUAUCUGGAACCACUUCCUGUGUGUUUUAAAAGGCAAAUCCCCAACCCUGAGCUUCACCUCCAGCUUGCUCCAUAGUUUGGGAUCUGUCACUGUGCUCUGCUGUGUAGACAAGCAGGGAAUUCUUUCCUGGCCAAACCCCAGCCCAGAGACUGUUCUAUUCUUCAGUGGGAAGGUGGAACCACCUCAUGAUAGCCAUGAAGACCUGACUGAUGAGCUCUCUACACGCUCCUUCUGCCACCCUGAGAUGGAAGAAGAGCCCCAUGAAAGAGAUGCUUUGCUCUCUGGCCCCCUGGCAGAUACAGUCCAUGUCACCAAUGAGCAAGAGAGAAACAACUGGUCUAGUGACCCUCCAAAGGCUCCUGAUGCCCAUGCCCACCGAAAGCCAAGCAACAGAAGCAAGCAUCCCUCUGGGUCCAAUGUGAGUUUUAGCAAGGACACGGAGGGUGGAGAGGAGGAACAUACUCAGGCUGGUGGUGACAGUGAAGUGUUGGCCUGUGAGGCUGAAGACUUUGUGUGUGACUACCACCUUGAGAUGCUUAGCCUGUCUCAGGACCAGCAGAACCCCUCCUGCAUCCAGUUUGAUGAUUCCAACUGGCAGAUGCACUUGAACUCCCUCAAGCCUCUGGGCCUGAAUGUGCUGCUCAAUCUCUGCAAUGCCAGUGUGACGGAGCGUCUGUGCCGUUUCUCUGACCACCUUUGCAACAUCGCCCUGCAGGAGACUCACAAUGCUGUGCUGCCUGUUCAUGUGCCCUGGGGCCUCUGUGAGCUUGCCAGGCUAAUAGGUUUCAUGCCGGGUGCCAAAGACCUUUUCAAACAGGAGAACUAUUUGGCCUUAUAUCGCUUGCCAAGUGAUGAGGUGGUUAAGGAGACAAUCCUGGGGAAGCUUUCUUCGAUCACGAAGAGGAGACCACCUCUGAGUCACAUGAUUAACCUGUUUGUGAAGGAUACCACUACCAGCACUGAGCAGAUGUUUUCUCAUGGGACAGCCGACAUCAUCCUUGAGGCCUGCACAGACUUUUGGGAUGGCACUGAUAUCUACCCUCUCUCUGGCUCUGACAGGAAGAAGGUGUUAGAUUUCUACCAGCGGGCCUGCCUCUCAGGAUAUUGUUCUGCCUUUGCAUACAAACCAAUGCAUUGUGCCUUGUCCUCCCAGCUCAAUGGCAAGUGCAUAGAACUGGUGCAGGUCCCUGGACAGAGUGCUAUCUUCACAUGCUGUGAUCUCCCUGGGACUACGCCUAUCAAACAGAGCAGUCGAAGGAAUAGCUGGAGCUCGGAUGAAGGGAUUGGGGAAGUGAUGGAGAAAGAAGAUUGUAUCCAGGCUCUGAGCGGACAGAUCUUCAUGGGAAUGGUCUCAUCUCAGUAUCAGGCCCGUCUUGACAUUGUCCGCCUUAUUGAUGGAUUGGUCAAUGCCUGCAUUCGUUUUGUCUACUUCUCCUUGGAAGAUGAGCUUAAAAGUAAGGUGUUUGCUGAGAAGAUGGGUCUUGAGACUGGCUGGAAUUGCCACAUAUCUUUAACACCCAAUGGUGAUGUGCCUGGCUCAGAGAUUCCUCCCUCUAGCCCCAGUCACGCUGGCUCUCUGCACGAUGACCUACAUCAGGUUUCUCGAGAUGACGUGGAGGGGCUUCUGCUGAUGGAGGAGGAAGGGCACUCAGAUCUCAUCAGCUUUCAGCCAACAGACAGUGAUAUCCCCAGCUUUCUGGAGGACUGUAACAGGGCCAAACUUCCACGUGGGAUCCACCAAGUGAGACCUCACCUGCAGAACAUAGACAAUGUGCCUUUGCUGGUGCCUCUCUUCACAGACUGCACCCCAGAGACCAUGUGUGAGAUGAUCAAGAUCAUGCAGGAGUAUGGGGAGGUGACCUGCUGUCUGGGAAGCUCUGCUAACCUGCGGAACAGCUGCCUUUUCCUGCAAAGUGACAUCAGUAUAGCGCUGGACCCUCUCUAUCCAUCCCGCUGCUCCUGGGAGACCUUUGGCUAUGCCACCAGCACCACCAUGACUCACAUCUCUGAUGAGCUCACCCCGCUGCAGCUCUCUGGGCAGCUGAACAGCCUGCCUUGCUCUAUGUCCUUUCGCCAAGAAGAGAGUACCAGCAUCAUCAGGCUUAUAGAGCAGGCCAGGCAUGCAACAUACGGGAUCCGAAAGUGUUUCCUCUUUCUGCUGCAGUGCCAGCUGACCCUGGUCAUCAUUCAGUUCCUCUCCUGCCUGGUGCAGCUGCCUCCCAUCCUCAGUACCACAGACAUCGUGUGGCUCUCCUGUUUCUGCUACCCGCUGCUCAGCAUUUCACUCCUGGGCAAGCCCCCCCACAGCUCCAUCAUGACCAUGGCAACAGGAAAAAACCUGACUUCCAUUCCUAAGAAGACUCAGCACUACUUCCUGUUCUGCUUCCUGCUGAAAUUCAGCCUGACCAUCUGUUCCUGCCUCAUCUGCUUUGGGUUCACGCUGCAUGAGUCCUGCAAAGAGGUGAACACUACCAGCCUCAAUCUCACAGCCUGCUCCUCCAUCAUGCUGUACAGCAAUGCUGAUGGUGCUCCUGACUGGUUUGGGACAUUUUCCAAUGCCCUUCUUGUAGCUCAGAAGCUUGCAGCUGGCCUGAUUGUUUUACACACAGUGUUCAUAUCCAUCACCCAUGUCCAUCGCACCAAGCCACUGUGGAAGAAGAGCCCCCUCUCUAACCGGUGGUGGACGCUCACUGUGGCUGUUGUAUUGCUGGGGCAAGUGGCACAGACGGUACUGGACCUGAAACUCUGGGAAAACCUCAGUUCUCCACUGACGUUUAACUACGUUCCCAUCUCCCCAGUCUCAUGGCUUCUGGGUUUUCUUUCCUUGGUCCUUGUGGUUAUCAUCAAUGAGAUUGUGAAGCUGCAUGAAAUCAGGGUCCGAGUCCGCUACCAAAAGAGGCAGAAGUUGCAGUUCGAAACAAAGCUGGGGAUGAAUUCUCCAUUUUAAACCCUGCCAGCUCAAGUUCCCGGAGGCCAGGGCCACACAGCCACAUCGUGCUCUGGGUAGCGGCCGCACCAGCGGCUCAGGGAGUUUCCCCUUGCACAUGCAAACCAGACGGUCUCCUAGCAAAACCACAUCAGCACCUUCCAGAGGGGCCCAGGCAGGGCACUGCUAUCAGGAUCCCCCAGCAGGUAUGCAGUCUCCCCCUCCCCAGCCUGCUAGAGUGCUUGAGGGAGCCUGCAAGCUCUGCUGGCAGUUCAGGCUGCUCUUCCUUAAUUUAUUUAUUACUAGAGAUUUUUUGUUAGUAUCAUGGUGAUGCUGAAAUGAAGCGACUCCUUCUCUCGAUUUGAACAGAUGGGUUUUCCUGGGCCUGGCAGGAGAAUCUGGGUCAGCAGGGGAGGCACAGGGCUGCUGAGGCAAGAAAUCUCUGUUGAAACCCAUUUUUUCCCCCCUUCCUUGUGCACUCUCCUGGAUGGUGCGUGUGUAUGUGUGUGCAUGUGCGCACACCUGUGCAGGCCCUCAUCCACCUCCCUCUCCCUGUGUCCUGGGGGAUGGAGCCGUCUCCCCUGCAGCCCCGGGAGCCCGGGUGCACUAGGUGAGGACUGGAGCUUGCUUUCCCAGCUGGACGCUGGGGAGGUCUCUGGCAAGGUGCCGAAAGCCCCCGCGAUGGCCAGGCCGUGCCAGGCCUGCCCUCUAGCGUUGCUGCUCUAGCCAUAUGUUGGCUGCUGAGCACUUCAGGAGAAGAGGGAUGAGGCAGGGCCGUACCAACAGCUGCGUUUUACCCUGGUGAUUUGGUACACAGGGAGUCAGGAGGGCAGCUCUGCCCGCUGGCAGGGAGUCAGCGUAGCCCGGCUUCUUGCAGCCCCGUUGAAUCGGCUCUCGUCUGCUUUGACAACCCCCAAAGAGGUAGGUUUGUAGCUGUCCUCAUUUUUGUGUGCUUCAGUAAAUGCCUGCCUGAGUAAAAGCCACAGCGAUAUCUGUAGCUAGAGAUAAAGCCUAAGACCUGCCGAUCCUGCCACGGAGGAAGAAGACGUCUUACCAGACAGGGUAUCUGCAUCUUACAGCUGUGAAUAACAUGGAGCUGGGGAACGGCUCCCUUCCCGCGGGGGCCUGGGGCUCUGCUGCACCCAGUUGUUGCUCUCCAAGGCACAGGGAACCUCCCCCUGCCAAAUCAGGUCUUUCUGCACAAGUGUCUGAAGUCUCUUGCCUCCACGCUGCUGCCCUCACAGCUGUUCCCUUUCUCUGGAGGUCUCUCCUCCACCUGGCUGGGGGGGGACCUUUCCCUCGGGGCUAGGCAGGCGCAAGCUGUGUUUUGCACCAGUGGGGCACGUGUGCGCUUAAGAUUUGAAAAGACGCCGUUACCCUUGGCGCGCUUGUGCCACCAUAGCUCGGCAGUCAGGGCGCGCGCGGGCUUGGCUGCCCGAAUACUUACGGCCCGCGGAGCUGUUUGCUCCCUUCCUAACCCCGAGACCGGGCUGACUCGGGCAUAUCCUGGCACUGGUUUUGCUGCCAGUAUUAACUGUGCGCUACACGGCUCUUGUUUCCCCUCAGUACGUGAGACUGGGCCUUCCCGGGAGGCAGGGCGCUGGCCGGGUCCCCCCGGCCCUGCCCCGACGCUCCACCUUGUCUUCCUCGCGUUCCCGCAAAGCCAGGGAGCGCGCGCAGCGGGCCUCUCCGAGCAAUACCCUCCUCCCUGCCGCGGGGCCGGUAGGAGAGCAGAGCAGGCCGGGGCCGCGUCCCCCGCCCUGAGCGCGGCUCUCGGGGCCGCAGGACGCGACCGCUGGGACUCUGCGCUACCGGCAGGGUUGCGCGGGAGCCGGCGGCUCCCCAGGGCGACGCAGGGCCGCUCUGCUGCGGCCAGCCGUGCCCGGCCAGUCCUUCCCGCAAGGAGGGACUGCUCGCCGCCACCACCAGCUAGGCUGAACGCUGCCCGUGCUCCUCUCGGGCCCGCAGAGCUGCCUGGCUCAGGGAGAACAAGCUGCAUCUUACCCGGUCUCGCUUCACUGAACGCCGGCUCCAGAGCGGUUGCCACCAGCGCCGGAGGAACAGGUUCUCCUUCGGUGUGGCUGGGCCGGAGUCGGACGCAGCCCCGAGCCGCUCGCAGCCCCGAGCCGCUCGCUCGGCUGCUGUUCCUGCAGAGCCACGUCCUCCCCCGGAGCCGAGCUCUUGCUCUGGGCCGUUAACUCUUGCAGGUGAUAAAAGGCAGCAGCUGCCAGGGCUUCCUGCCGGCCAUACCUUCUCCAGAGGAGGCACCUCUGCGCUUUCCUUCUCUGGCUGGUCACAAACGUUUAUUUUCCCUCACUCUCUUCCCCUGCUAGACUUGGAGCAGAGGCACCUGAGCGGUCUUGCCAUUGCCACCCCUCCCUUGGCCCAUGGAGGCAUCGGAGGGCCUGGGUGCAUGGCUUCAGAAAGGAAUUUCCUACAUCAAGAUGUUUUUAAAUGGUGUAUAUUUUAUAUUAAAUUUUUUUGGAUGUAUGUAAAAAUAUUUGAUUUGUAUUAAAACUUGUAAAUUGUAUUAAAAAACAAACAAACCCCAACCCACAUGCAUCCAGUAUAUGAACAGCAAUAAAUGACCGUCUUGGUUACCAAGCCCAGUGAGAAGGGGAUGGAGUUUGCACCCAGCAAAGCAAGGCGGUGACAGAACCUGUGUGGCUGUGGCACAGGUAACUGCGACAGAGCCAAUGUCUGCUCCAGAGCCGUGGCCUAAGGGCUGCGCUCCUGGGGGCUGAUCCUGGCACUUCUUCCUUCUUUCUGUCCAGCCUUGGACAACUCUGUCCAUCUCUGCAUCCCUCUUUUUGCAGAAUAACUGUCCACUUACCGCUCGGUCUCUUGGAUCCUGGGCACAGCACAAGGUGUAACGUGGUUGCAUCAGUCGUGACAGGUGUUGCACCGGUGGCAGCUCCCUGAAUGAAAGGUACAGCGUGAGCUGGAACUGGCACAGUGCGAUCCAGACACAAACGGAGUAGCGGAGAGACAAGGAGGCCUGGGCUGCUUUGUGCGCGCUGCUCGGCGAGCAGGACCUGGCGUCCCUGCGGCCGCGCUCUGAUCACUGGCGAGGACGGAGGAGUCCUCUGCCUGCCAAGCCGAGGUAGCUGUGGCUCCACAGCAGGGCAAUGGGGCAGGGUUGGUCCCUGGAGCUUUAAGCACACGUUACUGCCACGGCGGUAAGACUCAGCUCAAAACGUGAACCUCGCUGGAGGCAAGAGCAGACCCCUUACCUGAGGCAGGGGCUUACGCGAGGAAGCCCAGAGCUUAAGGACGCAACGGGCAGGAUAAAGCUGAUCCUCAGUGACUUCAAACAGGGCACGAGACAAGCUUGUAGGAUUUGAAAUGAAGGAGACAACUACGCAGAACUAUCAAAAGGGUAAAAUAUGCCCCACUGUUUAAUAGAACUUAGUCUUAAUGGAUGUUAGUGGAAAACAAAAACCACAUGAUUAACACAAAGAGAGCAGAUGGUUUAAAA